CACCACACCAACGAACUGACCCGCCAGCUCCACCAUGUCUACUCGACAGCCACGUUUUAAUCAGCAGGUUCUCAUAGACACAACCCCUCUUCCGGAGGAUAUUCCUAAAGUCCAGGAAAUUGGCACUAGUUCGGCACCACUAUUAAGCGCCUCCUUCUUCAUCGGCGCACGGUGCAAAGACUACAAUGACGAUUUUAUGAAGUGCAAGACUGAAGCUCAUGGCAAGGGAGAAGUUGAAUGCCUACGAGAAGGCAGAAAGGUCACCAGAUGCGCAGCCAGCGUACUUGAAGAUAUCAACAAAAACUGCCUGACAGAGUUCCGCAAGCACUGGGAAUGCUUAGAGAACAACAACCAGCAACUAUGGCAUUGCAGACGUCCUGAGAGGACUCUCAACAAAUGCGUCUUCGAUAAGCUGAACAUUGAGAAGACCAUCCCCGGAACACCAGAGGGAGAGACACCCGUACACCUGCGAAAAAGACAAAUAUACUCUCAAAAUUGGUAGAUGAAUGAGUUUUUAUCAUUUCUGGUGAGGUCAUUUCGCAACCCUCCAGGGCCUCACAUGCCAUGAGCAUUGUUCCUUGCAAUACAAACCUAGAUAUGAAAACCUCAUGAAGCAUAUUGAAGAAUGCAUGACUAGUAUUGAAUAUAUCUUUAUCCUUGUGGACAUGAAAAGGAGCCGAAACAGUCUCAAUAAUAUGUUUUAGAAGUAGAAUAUAGAAUAGCUGCGAGAGGGUUUCGAAAUGUUGAUGUGUAAAUAUCUAGUUUAUUAGUGUGUUCACAAAUAUAGUGGUAAUAACACGGCGCGCC